CACGACUGCUUCUUGCGAAGCGAGACUGGCAUUCAUACAUAUUCACGGUUGUUCACCAGUCCACCACCGCCGCGCCUGUGACUCGCAUUGGAUAUCCACGGCAUCCUAUCAAUCUGGGCAUGCACACAGGCCCCGAGCAUUCCACUCGACCAUCAUCGAAGGCUUCGGGCCUCUUAGCGCUGCGUCACCAUUCGAAUCUCAGCUUGUGUAGGAGAUUCCUGCAGACACACAUUUCUCAUCAUGCGCGUACGAUCCUUCAACACGACGCUCGCACUGCGACGAGUCCGGAAUUGUGCGUCUCUGGGCGCAACGCACCUCCCGACCUUGCUCCUCUGCCUCUUCCUCAUACUCUCGUCCAGCACAAAUGCUCUCGACUCUCCCUUUUUGUGCAAGUGUACCUGCUUCAGCACAAACACGACCAUCGUGCCGCUAUUUGCGGGCGCUCCAGGAUCCAAGAGCUCUCCUUGCAGCAUGUGCACUCGACAGUUUUGUUUGGAUCAAGGACUGGAAAGCUGUAAAGGGGCUACUUUGGAAAGACCGGAUAAGGAUACAGGAACGGGCUGGGAAGGUCAGGUUUGGGCUAGAUGCUUCCAACGUGAUUCGUACAAGGAUCAAUCCAUCGUCACCCUGUACAUCCUCACAGUCGCCGGCUUGUUGCUCUUUGCAACUCUUCGUACUCGUCUACCACGCUGGCUAGAGGAUUAUCGAGCUCAGGGAGCAGCGGGUGUCUACAGAUCUCUUUCUGGACGCCACUAAUAUCAGUACUUCGAGCAGUCCCCUGCCUCUUCCGACGCGUCUCGGAUCCAUUUCAUGUGUCUAAUGCACGUUACAUUCAUUGCCCUAUCCUGUAUUGUAUCUUCCUCGAGCUAUUCCUCAAACGCGCGUAUGCAUUUAAAUCAUUGUCUGUAGA